AUGACUGCUAGGAAAUCGGCAAACCAGGUGUGGCAUGUCAGCCGAGGCAUCGUCUUCGCAGGCGGUAGCAAUGUGGUGUAUCCGCGAUUGCCGCCAUUGAGGCAUCACAGCGCACCAGCUGCGGUUGUCGCCGAGGAAAGUGCCGUACUUCCGCCGGUGCUAUCGUUGACAGGAAAAGCAGCUGAAGAGGCCCCUGCUGGCCACGGACUUGAAAUAGCUCCCGGCAGUGUGGCAGCCUCCCUGAUUACGCCUCGGACCGCCCUCACCAAUACUGUUCCCACGCCUACGACUGUGGUUGUCGUGGGCGACAACGCGGCCAAGGAGGGUCAAGCCCCCGGCGAGGAUGCCGCUAAACCAAAACCAAAGGAUGUCGUUCCCGCUGUACCUCCCUUCACGCCUCUCGACUUCAGGAUUCCCGACAAAACUUUCCGGGAGGCAGCACAGGCUUCCGGGGGUACCCCUCAGUCUUUCUGGAAUUACACGUUGUAUCGCGGCCCGGCCAACGACGGCGCACCCGAAACCAGGGUCAAAGUCCAUUACUGCACGAGCUCGCGCACCACAGAGAGGGUCAUCAAGGAGUACUUUGCCAAGGAAAAAGUACUCGGCUUUGACUUGGAGUGGAUGCCCAACGCCGUCAAAACCUUUGGCCCCAGGAGUAAUGUAUCCCUCAUCCAGCUGGCCUCGCCCAGCCGUAUCGGUCUUUUUCACAUUGCCGCUUAUCCCAAGAAGGACACUCUGGUCGCGCCCUCUCUGAAGAAGAUCCUGGAGGAUCCCGACGUUACAAAGGUUGGCGUUUGGAUCAAGGGCGAUUGUACACGCCUGUCCGACUAUUUGGGUAUCAAGACGCGUGGCCAGUUCGAACUAAGUCACCUUUACAAGCUCGUCAAGUACUCCAGGAGUGGCGAGUAUAAUCUCAUCAAUAAGAAGCUGGCUGCCCUGGCUACCCAGGUCAAGGAGAUUCUCGGUUUGCCCAUGUUCAAGGGCAACGAUGUUCGUGCGAGCGACUGGUCGAAGUCUCUGAAUAUGGAUCAAAUCAUCUAUUCGUCAUCCGACGCCUAUGCAGCCGUGCAACUAUACGCCGUUCUUGACCACCAACGAAAGGCUCUUGACCCUGUUCCGCCGCUCCCCCAUCACGCCGAACUCAACCUCCCGAUUCCCGUCACCAAACCCGUGCCGCCAGAAACCACUGAGGAGCAAGAUGCGGAUCCUGAUGCUGUUCUCGAGGAGAACCCUGGCCCCGAAGGCAAACUCGCCCCGGAGGAUGAAGCAGCCCUCAAAGACACACUGGUUUGCGAAGACGGGCCGGCUCUCGAAGACCAGCUAGACCUUAAAGGCAAAGCCGUGCUCGCAGGCAGCACUAGCCCCAGGACCGCAACGGACCUCAGCAAGCAGACAACCCCUGCGACGCCUCCCCUGGUUGUCGACAAACGCUCAAUCAAGGCCAGCAUCAAACCAUCCACUCACUUUAAGUCAUUUCCGGCAGCCGAAUCACAGCCACAGCCCGAUUGA